AUGCAUCAGAUUCAUGGUCCCCAGUUCUCCCAGGAGCAGAGCCUGGCACAGGGGAAGGUGAAUCACAGAACUCGCAGAAAUCCUGGAACCAUAAAGGCCUGUGUGCUUAGAGGGAACCCGUCCCAUCUUUUCAUCCUGCAGAUGAGACCAUUCUCAGCCAGCAUAGGUGUCGACAUCACUCUGAAGGAACAUAGAGUUGCUGUGAAGGGACACAGAGACACCGUGAAGAGGGACUUCAGUGACAUCAAUGCAGAACUCAAUCUCCUUGGAUAGAAAAAGAGACUCUGGCUUGACAAAUGAUGGGGAAAGAGAAAGGAAAUGGCUACUGUUGGCACUAUCUGUAGUCAUAGACAGAACAUGAUCAAGGGUGUUACACUGGGCUUCUGUUACAAGAUGAAUUCUAUGUAUGCUCACUUCCCCAUAAAGUUUCUUAUUCAGGAGAAUGGUUCUCUUAUUGAAAUCAGAAAUUUCUUGGGUGAAAAACACAUCUACCGGGUUCAGAUGAGGUCAGGCGUUGCUUGUUCAGUAUCCCAAGCCCAGAAAGAGGAGUUGAUUCUUGAAGGAAACCACAUUGAACUUGUAUCAAGUUCAACUGCUUUGAUUCAGCAAGCCACACCAGUUAAAAACAAGGAUAUCAGAAAAAUUUGGGGUAGCAUCUAUGUUUCUGAAAAAGGAACAGUUCAUCAGGCUGAUAAGAUCUAA